AAACUUUUAUGACGGAUUUACCCUUGUUGCUUAAGGCUUAUCAUUUGGGAUGUGAAGUGGGUAAAUAGUAAAAACAAUUUUGGGGAUAUAUUAGAGAUUGUGAUUUGUGAGUAAUUUUUGGAGUAUGUUGAUAGAGAAUGAUAGAUGUUAAGUUAGUGUGCUAUGAAAGUAACCAAGCCUGCUUUUUCUAGGACUUUGCUUUGGUCAUUGGUGGAGUUCCUUUGGAACACAAUUUGAAGGAGCAAAGCAACCACUAAGGAAAAAAAUGCCAUGUUCAAAAGAAGAAGCUCUUGUUAGACUCUUCUACAAUGCCUCAAGCACUUUCCAGCUUCUCUUUCUCUUCCUCUUCUCCUCUGCCAAUUUGCUUCUCAAGCUCUCAAACUUCAUCACCAGCUACUCCAUAUUCCAAAGAGAUCAGCAAUAUGACUAUGUGUCCUCUGAAUGUGAUGAAGAAGAAGAAGAAGAAGAAGAAGAAGAAGAAAUUCAUGAAAGCUAUUCUUAUGCUGGUUCUAUUGACAGAGAAGAUCAUUUAGUAGCUGACAUAGUUUGUGGUGGAGAAACUCUUUUGUUUCUGCAUAAAAACCACCCUCAGGGGAAUAAUUCUUCUUCUGAAGAAUUCAUUAGUCCUCGAGAUAGUUUGAUUGAAGAAGAUUCAGAAGAAAACAAUUCCACAGAAACUUUAUCUAUUCAUAAUUCCCCUCUUGUUUCAGAGUUUGAAAAUGAAGUGACAGAAGAAGUUGAAGAAGAAGAAGAAUUUCCAGCAGAAGAUGCUGAUUCUGUUCCAAAUUCUGUCCCAAUUGAAAGCAGGCCCACUUCUCCCAUCACCCUGAACAUACACAAAAGUGACAUAGUGGACAGUGACAAAAACUGUGACGAAAAUCAUGUUCAUAUUGGAAUUAUAAGAAACAAGAAGGUGCAAGAAGAAAAUCUCACAAGAGAUGAGAGAUUCUUUGUCAUUGGUCCUACACAAUUAGAGACUAAGAAGCUGAUUGUUGAUGAAAAAGAUGAGGAAGAAAUAUAUGGUGAUUCCUGCACUGUUGGGUCCACAUCUAAGAGCUCCUCUGAUUGGAGGAGCUCCAUUAAUUGCAGGGACUCUGGAACUGAUGACCCUUUUUCUUCUUCAUCAAGAAGAAGCUGCCCCAAGUGGGAAUCAUACACAGUUUUCCAGAAAUAUGAUGAAGAAAUGUCAUUCCUAGACAGGAUUAGUGCACAGAAACUUCAUGAAACUGAGUCUUUAAGAUCUAUCAAAGUAGCUCCAAGAUCAAUAUCAGGGCGAAUUGUGCACAAAAUUUCAACUAUGAACAAGAAACCAGAUGAUACCCGUCACAACCCGUACCACGAACUAGAGGCCGCAUAUGUGGCGCAAAUUUGCAUAACAUGGGAGGCUCUUAAUUGGAACUACAAAAAUUUCCAAUCCAAAAGAGCUUCAAGGCAAGAUGGUGAUGUAGGUUGUCCUGAAACCAUUGCACAGCAGUUCCAACAGUUUCAGGUUUUGCUGCAGAGGUAUGUGGAGAAUGAACCUUAUGAGCAUGGUAGGAGACCAGAGAUCUACGCUAGAAUGAGGCAUAUGGCUCCCAAAUUGCUCUUGGUUCCCGAAUAUCGAGAAUCAGAUGAUGAUCACAAGGAGAAUUCCUUAAAAAUAUCGUCAGGUUCAUUUCUUGUGAUAAUGGAAGAUGGAAUCAGAACAUUCAUGAAUUUCCUCAAGGCUGAUAAAGAGAAGCCAUGUCAGGUCCUUGCAGCCUACUUUAGGAGAAACCGAAGAGGCUUGAUUGAUCCAACACUACUCCGGCUUAUCAAGAAAGUUAAUCAAAAGAAGAAGAUCAAAGUUAAAGAUCUUCGCCGUUCCCACAAAUGCUUGAGGAAGAAAAAGUUGAAGGAGGAAGAAGAGAUGGAGAUUUUGAUGGCACUCAUAGACCUAAAAGUGGUGUCCAGGGUUUUGAGAAUGAGUGACUUGAGUGAAGAGCAGUUGCACUGGUGUGAAGAGAAGAUGAGCAAAGUAAGAGUCAUGGAUGGGAAACUUCAAAGAGAUUCCACUCCACUUUUCUUCCCUGCACAUUGACCCACAAAAAAAGAUGACUAUAUUGCUUGAUGACUGGAUGUUGAAUGUGCAUGAGUGCAUCAAAAAGAAUAUCCACGACAUACUUUUUUGUAAAUAUACUCCUAUAUAUGGUUAAAGAAAAAGGAGAUAGGGGCAAAGUGAAAUUAAAGAUGUGGGCUGGCAUGGAAUUUGGAGCCUAAAAUCCAUGGAAAGGUGGGUAGGAUAUUGAAUGGAAAUGCUAUUGAUGAAUAUUGAAAGGGAAAGACCAGAAUGAAAGCAAGGUACAAGAUAGAGACAAGAAUAGCUUUAGUUUGCUUUAGCUUUUUAAUUAGGGUUUAUCUACAAGGGUUUUGAGCUGAAUAUCAAAAGAAGAAUGAGCAAGCACAUGCACUUGUAAUAAAGUUAGUCUUAACUCUUAAGCACUUGGAAAAAAGUAGAUCACACUGAUAAAAGAAUGGUAGGCUUAGUAUUUUUUUAUUUUUUACGUACUUUCAUUUUUCCAAAUAAGACAAUAAGGACCUCAUUUACUUUUUUGA